UAGCAGCCAGCGAGCUCUGUGUCAGGGCGAGGGGGUGCGGAGAGUCAGGACAGGAUGAGGGAUAGCUCAGCCCCCAGCUCAGCUUCUUCAUCAGUGACAGAUCUGUACUGCACCCCCCACAGCAGUAGGUCAGACCUCUUCCUUCCGGGUACAGCAGGAGACUUCAGCUUGAGUGCCAGCUUGUCCGCUUGCACGCUGCUUUACGAGGGCGCAGUGGAGCCUAUGCAGAUUGACGUAGACCCGCAAGAGGAUCAGCAGAAUGCACCUGAUAUCAACUAUGUGGUGGAAAACCCAACUCUGGAUUUGGAGCAGUAUGCAUCUAGUUACAGCGGACUGAUGCGGAUUGAACGUCUGCAGUUCAUCGCUGACCACUGUCCGCAGCUGCGGGUGGAGGCCCUCAAGAUGGCACUGUCAUUUGUCCAAAGAACUUUCAAUGUUGAUGUAUAUGAAGAAAUCCACCGAAAACUGUCUGAGGCCACCAGAGAGCUGCAGAACACCCCUGAUGCUGUCCCUGAUGGUGGGAUUGAGCCCCCUCCUCUGGAUACAGCGUGGGUGGAGGCCACUCGGAAGAAAGCCCUCCUCAAACUGGAAAAGCUGGAUACGGAUCUGAAAAACUACAAAGGCAAUUCGAUCAAGGAGAGCAUCAGGAGGGGUCACGAUGACCUGGGCGAUCACUACCUUGACUGUGGGGACCUCAGCAAUGCCCUCAAGUGUUACUCACGAGCCCGUGAUUACUGUACCAGUGCUAAGCAUGUUAUUAACAUGUGCCUCAAUGUCAUCAAGGUGAGCGUUUACCUGCAGAAUUGGUCCCAUGUUCUGAGCUACGUCAGCAAGGCGGAGUCCACCCCAGAAAUUGCAGAGCAAAGAGGAGAGCGGGACAGCCAGACGCAAGCAAUUCUCACCAAACUGAAGUGUGCAGCAGGCUUAGCUGAACUAGCAGCACGGAAAUACAAGCAGGCAGCCAAGUGCUUCUUGUUGGCCUCGUUUGACCACUGUGACUUCCCUGAGCUGUUAUCGCCUAGCAACGUGGCUGUGUAUGGUGGCCUAUGUGCACUGGCCACUUUUGACCGUCAGGAACUGCAGCGCAACGUCAUCUCUAGCAGCUCCUUCAAACUCUUCUUGGAGCUGGAGCCUCAGGUGCGUGACAUCAUUUUCAAGUUUUAUGAAUCCAAAUAUGCUUCCUGCCUGAAGAUGCUGGAUGAGAUGAAAGAUAACCUGCUGCUGGAUAUGUACCUGGCACCUCAUGUGCGGACGCUCUACACGCAGAUCCGAAAUCGUGCCCUUAUCCAGUAUUUCAGCCCCUACGUGUCGGCAGACAUGCGCAAGAUGGCCACAGCAUUUAACACCACAGUGGCAGCGCUGGAGGAUGAGCUGACCCAGCUAAUCCUGGAAGGAUUGAUCAAUGCCAGAAUAGACUCUCAUAGCAAAAUUCUUUACGCUCGGGAUGUAGAUCAGCGCAGCACCACCUUUGAAAAGUCCCUAUUAAUGGGCAAAGAGUUCCAGCGACGUGCCAAAGCCAUGAUCCUGCGGGCAGCAGUGCUGCGCAACCAGAUACAUGUUAAGUCUCCUCCACGAGAAGGCAGCCAAGGUGAGCUCACUCCAGCUAACAGCCAAUCCCGAAUGAGCACCAACAUGUGAACAUCUUCAUGUACAAUCAAAGACCUCGCCUUUCCCUGCCCCAAAUGUCUGUCCUACCAUCUAACCACAGACUGAGCGUCACAAACUGCCCCUGCCAUUCUCACGCUCUCUCUCUGGUGAGGGCUAGGCGAGGGCAGGGCUGGUGGUGAGGCUGAUGUUCAGCUUCUGAUCAUUUAAUUCCUUUUAGAUCGGAAGCGGUCGGUAAGUGCAGGAUCCCUGGGAUUCUGUCUCAUUUCAGUGCUAGUUGCGUGUUCUCUGCCCUCUCCUCUGUCCCCAGCACCCCAGAAGGAAUGGCUAGCACAUUUCAGAGAGAUGCUGAUCUUGGGUCCCUUCGGCUGCCCUUAGAGCUGGGCAGGAUCAGAACGGCGGCUGUAAGUUCAAUCGAUGGGGUGUAGCUAAGGGCGAUUCACUGACCUGGGAGUGCUGCCUUGUCUGAAAGGAGGCCUCCGAGUGCACUGCUGUCAAUGUCAGCCAGAGGGCGCUCUCUCUGGAAGCGCGUUCUAGGGUUUCUCACCCACUCUGCGGAAGAUGCACUCAAAGGUCUUUCUUUCAGGCUGUUGCACUUACCCUGGAUCCAGUCUCUGUCAGUCUGGCAUGUCUCUUUUCCAAAGGCUUGUUUCCUCAUCUGUUCCCAUGGGCAAUCACUUGGCUUUGGGUUCUGGUGUUGGUUUAUCACCACAUUAAGGCUCCAUCUUGUGCAAAUACCAUUGUUUGUCCACUUGAUUUCACCAGUGAACAGUGGCUUCUUAACCU